UGUGCGCGAGGUGUCCGGUUGGGCCUUGCUGUCCAGUGUGUGCUGGGAACGGCUAUACCGGGGUGCUUGGGAGCGUUGCCGCAUUCUAGGCUCUUGGGGCUGAGUGCCUGCAUAACAGAAGUGAACGGGAUGAUGGUUGAAUGUGGCAUAAAAGUAAGGCAGGUUGCGUUUUUCAUCAUCCGGCAGAAGGGACGGGCCUGGGGCCACGUGUCAAAGCGGCGGAGGCCGGCGUGCGGUGAACGGCGCAGAAACGGGCGGGCUGCGCUCCUGCACAGCGCCGGGCUUUGCUCUUCCCUGAGCCCGCACGGCGGUGUCGGCCGGAAGGAACUCGGUGAAGACGUGCCGGCAGAUGGCACAAGAUGAGCUGUAACGAUCAAGAGCAUUUCAGUGAACAGAAUAAUAUUUUUCCUUCCAAGAGCUGGCAACAGGAUUCUGAGCUCCUCCUGCAGUGCCAUCAUGCUCACUGCCUUUUCCUAGGAUGGGACAUGGAGAUACGUUCCUGUUUUCACUUUAGCUGCUAAUGGAGUUAUUGGCUUCAUCAGAGGAAAUGCAGAUCCAUGAAAUUACAUUUUGUGCAAGUUGUUGUUAACUGUUGGCAAUGUCUAUGAUUUUAUCUGCCUCUGUGGUCCGUGUGAGGGAUGGACUCCCACUGUCUGCAUCCACCGAUUAUGAUCAAAGCACGGGAGUGCAAGAAUGUAGAAAAUACUUUAAAAUGCUCUCAAAGAAACUUUCUCAGCUUCCUGAUAGAUGUACUCUGAAAACUGGACAGUACAACAUAAACUUUAUCAGUUCUCUGGGAGUAAGUUACAUGAUGUUGUGCACUGAAAACUAUCCCAGUGUUUUGGCUUUCUGCUUCCUGGAUGAGCUUCAGAAAGAGUUCAUCACUACCUACAAUAUGAUGAAGACAAAUACUGCUGUCAGACCAUACUGUUUUAUAGAGUUUGAUAAUUUCAUUCAGAGGACCAAACAGAGAUACAACAACACGCGUUCUUUAUCAACAAAGAUGAAUCUUGCUGACAUGCAGACAGAAAUCAAACUGAGGCCGCCUUAUCAAAUUUCCCUGUCAGAACUUGGUUCAGCUAAUGGGUUUGCACAUUUAUCUGCAGCAGAAUAUAAGGGUACCGGUAAGAUAUCUGCAGGUAAGUUUUAAGCUUCUCUAUUUGCA